AUGGCCUGGAAAUUAACACAUAAAUUAUACCAAUACUAUCAACUGUCUACUAGUUUCCUAUAUGUGGCACUACUCGCUAGAUGGAUUAUUUUAUUCCCAUUGGUUGGAGUGAAGUUUUUGCCAGGUGGUAUACAUGAAUUUUUGAUUUAUCUAUUGUUCUUUUCUUCAAUAAUUGAAAUAAUAUGGUUGUUAAAGUUUCGUGGGUUGACAGGUGCCUGCAGAAAGAGAACGAUAUAUAAGGAUUUGAAUUUCUUAUAUAUGGUUCUUAUAAUACAUCACCAUGAUGAUUAUGAGCAUGCAUUAGUAUUAAAGAAUAUUAGUUAUUCGACAUUUAUUGUUGGGGUAGCCCUAAGUGAGGCUUAUUGUCAUGGUACUCAGAUAUUUAAAAAAGCACCAAAUUACAAAAGGAAAACCUUAUUGAUGAAAUUAAACAUGUUCAUCGCCUUACCAAUGUUAUAUUGCAGUGAGUUUGUAUUACUUUUACUCAAUCAAAAAUUUCCUAACUUCCAUACAACUGCAUAUCUGGAUCAGUUCAAUAAAUUCAUUAUGAUCAUCUAUUUCCCCUUUGCAUUAACCUGUUACAGAAAAUACAUUGCUAGAAGUUAA